AUGUGUUAUGCAUAUGCCUAUCAUUUCUCCUCGUUUUUAGUAUGCUUUUGGGUCACACACAUGUUCCUUUCUUUUAUCGAGCUUCUCCCUAAAGACGAUCAGUAUUUACCAUCACGCGUAACUUUGCUCAACAAAAUUCUUGCUCAACAAAAUCCUUUAGUCAACAAUAAUAUUUACUACAACUCUCAAAAGUAUAUCAAUAAAAGAUUACAAAAAUCUGGAAACUCAAUCAACCUGAUUCUAUUGGAGACAAUCAUGAUGGCGUCAUUUAUCAAUUUAGAGAUGCCAAAAAUUUUCAAAACUACCCAUUUUGUUGAAAUUGAUAAAGUGCUUGCGCCUUUUGUUCGAUGUCAUGGGCAAAAAUGA